AGCAUGCCCUGCCCUUGGCCAACCUGGGUCUGCCCAGACACCUCAUCCAGCACCACCGUGCGUCGCCUGCCUACGUCACAUACGUGUCCCCCAUGGUCAGGAUGCUCGUUGAGCAGGAUCAGCGCAGAAGGGAUGCAUCAACCUGCCCAGCAAAGGCAGAGUCAAAUGGAGAGUCUCAGGAAGAUGGUUCUGAGGAGGAAACCCAAGUGCUGUCAGAACUGAGUGGAAGUAGCAGCACCAUCUUGACUGGGAGGAGCUUGGCAGACUGUCCUACUGGCCCUCUGCAAGAAGCACUGGCUGCUUUUGGCAACGCCCUUCACUGCCUUCAGCUAUCUGAGAUGCAGAGAGAUGAUGCCCUGAAGGACUUCACUGUGUGA